AUGGAUAGGAACGGAAAAUGGAAGGUUCAAGGAAGGACACCGGAUGUAUCAUAUAUUGUUGAGGAUGAAGGCCAGUGCAGCUGCAAUCCAAGUCCGACAGGCAACGUUCACUGCACACUUUGCGGUGUAUGUCCCUAUUCAAUGACGUAUCCGGAUGAAGCUGGACCAUCCUCAUCACCAGUUGCAUACGAAAGUGAACAUCACCUUUUGCCCGCUGUAGAAGAUCCUAUAGUCGCUUCCCAAGAGCGUUUGGACAAAAGAAAAUCACUUAGAAACGACAUCCAGCUGUCUUACUCGUUGGUUGCUACUAACGUUAACGCUCUCGUUAACGUCGACACAGAAGAAGCCAUGGCAAAGUUAACCGAAAUUCAUGAGCUCAUCGAUAAAGCAUCUAAGAUUCGAAUUGGUCCUGACUCUCAAAAAUCGCAAAUCGUAGUCCAGCCUGACCUUUCGAGACAGGGAGCAAAGCCCAAGCUCACGAAGACCAAGUUAUACACGGUAGGAAUCACAUACGAUUUCGCUGCCAAUCGGUCAGAAUACAGAAAGAAACGGGACGCUGGUAAGGACAAGGAAAACCAACCAUGA